AUGGGUUGGUUUUCAAGUAGUAAAACUACAGCGGCCCCAGACUUGAGUACGCAACAGAUCGAACAGAGAUCUCACAAUCCACUAAAUACCAAUUCUGAUAUCUCUCAGACGUUACAUCAGAUCGGCGAUAAUGGAGAACCUAAAGUUCAAAUGGUGAAUGACAAUUUUACAGAGAAGCUCCAAGAAUUUGUCCAAGCAAAGCCGAAGAACAUGUUCAUAAUAGAUGGUGAAAAAGAUACGAAAGAUAGCAUAAUUUGUACUAACAACGAAACCGGGGGCAAGACUUGCCUCAAGCUUGGAAUGAGUUCCAUAGAACUUUUUAAGACCAUGCAAAAGAUGGAUUACUUCUGUUCAUUACCCGAUGAUAUUGACAGUACAUAUUUCGAAUGCAGAAAAAUUUCUUAA